ACUCACCGUCCCUCCCAGACACUCCUCUUGUUGCUGCAGAGCUUUGCUGACGCUCGGAAGAGAUGGGUUCCAGCGAGUCCUGCCACAGCCAGAAUCCCUCCUGCCACAGCUCCCAUGCCUGCAAUGACUCGGGGCCCUCCUGCCAUUCCAGCAGCCAGAACGUCCCCGCACCCAUGUACGCCUGCGUGACACCAUGCAGCCCUCCAGCACAGACCUACUGUGUGCCCACGCAGUGCUAUCCCCCACCGGUGCAGACCUGCCCUCAGAACACCAAUGCAGCCUGCAACCUGCCACCACCGUGCCCCAAGUUCUAGCAGCAGCAGCCAGCCGUGCACACAGCUCUACAGCCCCUGGAUGCCACCCUGCUCCAUGCACCGACCUCAUCCUCAGUGCUCAUCGCUUACCAGCUGCGGUGCUUCUCCACCAGCACUCAGAGCAGCUGGAGGGCUAUGCGAUAUCAGGGUGCAGCACCUCUGGUUCAUUAUUUGAGUUCUUUCCACCUGUGCAACACGUGAGGUUUGCUGCCAGCAGUUUCCUUCUUGCUCUGCUGCUCCCAUUUUCAGGCAGGAAAUAAAAGCUGCAUUUCAAUC